AUGGCUUCCACACAACAGUGUCUUGCCUCUUUGGCAAGACUAAGCAUCAGACCGGCGACGAGGCCAUUGGCUACGUCCGUUCCUCGAUUCCUCGUGCCCUCGGUUGCUCAACCGCGGUUUGCCUCGGCGAACAAGGACCCUAAAAAGAAGGAGAAGAAGAAGAAGGAGCUCAAGCAAUACAGGGUGCACAGAAAAGACAAGCUCCUGACUUUCUCCUUGUGUGAUGCGAUAAGAUACAUUCGCGCUUUCGAAGUCGGAGUCCCACCGCCAUCGGUCAAGUACGAAAUCGCCGUCAAGCUCACUACCAAUAAACGUUCCGCCAUCGUUCGAAGCCGUGUCCGUCUCCCCCACUCUGUUCGCUCCGACAUUCGCGUGGCCGUCAUCUGCAGAGAGGGCAGUCUAGUCGCGACCGAGGCGCGCAUUGCCGGUGCAGUGGCUGUCGGCGAGGAGACACUCUUCCAGCAGAUCAAAGAUGGCAACAUUGACUUCAACAGGCUCAUCUGUCACUCUGACUCACUGGGCGCGUUAAACAAGGCCAACCUUGGCCGCAUUCUUGGUCCCAAGGGCCUGAUGCCGAGCGAAAAGACGAAAACUGUCACCAAGGACGUCAAGGGUCUGCUGCGUGACCUGAGCGGCGCUGAGGAUUACAGGGAGAGGGAUGGUGUCGUCAGGAUGCCCAUUGGCCAGCUCACUUUUACGCCGGAGCAGCUGUCCGACAACAUCAAGACAUUCGUGGAGGCUUUGAAGAAGGAUAUCGCAAAACUGGAAUCCCAAGUGGUCAAGAGCAUCGAUGAGAUUGUAUUGAGUUCAACGCAUGCCCCUGGUUUCAGUCUCAACGGAGGUUUCAGAUCUACGGAUGAGAACUUGUCAACGGCUCAGCUUGUCGGGCCAAUAGCCCUUGGGCAGACUGUCGACAGCCAGCCUGGCCUCCAGUGCCCCUAUCCUCUCAUCCAGCUCCAGCAUGCGUCGCGCCGUUUCGAUGCCAUGCCUUACGGCACCCAGCUCGUCACAGGCAUCAGAAACAUCACGUUUCCUCUUUGCAAUCUGACUUUUGAUGUCAUCGACGGCGCGACGGAAUCCAAGCAGGGCAACGCGCACAUCCUCAACCCUAUCCUCACCGCCCUUGAGCUCGUCGCCCAGGCUAAGGAAUGA